GUGAUCCCAGCUGUGGAAGGGUCAGGAAGAACUACAUAGAGAAGGAAGCGAUGUCAGUCAGGGAGUAGACCUAGGAGACAGAAGUUAAGAGGAGGUCCCACCUUAGGAAGGGCUAGGUGAAGUCAGGCUGGGGAGAACCGCAGGGAGCAGGUUAGGCUCCUGUGGGGGACCCUGAAAGAAGGAGGGCUAUUCCUGAGGGAGGCUGGUGGAGUAAUCUGCCAGGAUGAAGCAGUACAGAAGAACUCUGUAGGGCCCAGGAGUCAAGGCAAAGAGCAGAGCGCUCCAGUGUAGCCCAAGAGGGGCGGAAGAAUUCUUGGUUUGGAUAUUUACUUGGAUUUACAGUUGGACUUUUCUUACCCUGGAAAGGGAUUGAACUUAAGAGGUGACCUGGCUGGAGGGCUGGGCCAUGUAAGGCCCAGGCAGAGACAGGCCAGCACAGGGCUGAAGAAAUGAUCAACGGGCAGCAUUAGAGCUGCAGUCCCCUGUUGUGCCGUGCUCUGAGGGUUAAUGGAUGAGACCACCUGAAAGGAGGGUUACCAGGAACCUCGGCUGCUCUGCUUGUGCCAACAGCAGCCAGACCCAUGAGAUGACACAAGAGGGGAAUAUCCUGUAAAAAGAAAACUGCAGUUCAGGAGCGGAGAGCAUUGCUCUUAAGUUUUGACUAGGUGCCCAGGGAAGAUGAUGUGGUGGAGCCCAAGGAUCCUCCUUCCCCAAAUUUCACAGAGACCACCUUAAGGGAACUGGCCCAACUGCAGCACCUGAGAGCCCAGGAGGAACACGGGCACCAGAGACUGAUGGUGGAAUUGCAGAUCAGGGAGACUCUUCAACUGCCUCAGUUGCUUCUGAGAGUCCACCAGAGGCUAAUGGAAGCUCAAGCUAUUCAGCUGAAAAUACCAGUGCAGCAAAAGCUUCUCCAGCAAAUAUACCAUCCCUGGGGAUUCCUAAUACUACUUUGGACUAUUUAAUGCUGCUGCAUGGCUGUUAUACACCUCAGAGGCAGCUGCAUUUCUGCACUGGGCAAAGUGAUCAAUAUGCUCUGUCCCGCAAGCUCUUUCAGUGCCAAGCGAGCAGUUAUGGGCUGGAUCACCAUCAAUGCACCCUGAAGACUGACUUUGCUUUUGCUCUCCCAAUGAUUAUAUCCUUUCUGAGUUCACCACCACCUCACUGCCAUCACUGCCACAUUUGUCAUCGCUUCUAGGAAUCUGGAAUUUGAGAGUUGGCCUUUACCUCUGCACUCGCUCUCUCUCCUCACAACAACUGCCACUUUUGUGUUUUCCACCAAAACGAGACCACCUUGGGUUUUCUACCCUUCAAGAAAGUGGAUCACCUGGAGAAUUCUCGCCACGCACCCCCUCCUUCUGGGAUAAAGGCCUCCGGAUCCUAACGGAUAGCUGAGAUCUUUCCUUGGAGAGGUGAAUUCUCCUGGCUGAUCACGUGUGUGUGCUCCCUCUGUGCUUUUCUUCUCCUCCUGUGGAAUUUAUCAGUUACAGUGAUUUUUCCUGGGGUCCUUUUCACCAGUGCUGUGGCUUUUAUAUUUCGUCUAGGGAAAAGCAGGUUUUUGCAACAAUGGGCUUCACACUCCACUCUGCCUGCUUCACCCUGAAGGUUAGCUUACUGCUGGGCUCUUUACUGGGCCUCUGCCUGGGCCUGGAGUUCAUGGGCCUCCCCAACCAAUGGGCCCGCUACCUCCGCUGGGAUGCCAGCACCAGGAGCGACCUGAGCUUUCAGUUCAAGACCAACGUCUCGGCUGGGCUGCUCCUCUACUUUGAUGAUGGUGGUGUCUGCGACUUCCUCUGCUUGUCCCUGGUUGAUGGGCGCAUCCAGCUCCGGUUCAGUGUGGACUGUGCCGAGACCACGGUUGUCACAGAAAAGCAGGUCAAUGACAGCAAUUGGCACUUCCUCAUGGUCAGCCGCGACCGCCUCCGGACAGUGCUGGUGCUGGAUGGUGAAGCCAAGCCUGGUGAAGUGCGUCCACAGCGCCAGAACAUGAACAUCGUCAGUGACCUCUUCGUUGGUGGCGUUCCGUCAGACAUCCGCCCUGCUGCCUUGACCCUCGAUGGCAUCCUGAGUGAGCCUCCAUUUCAGGGAUUUAUCCUGGACCUGAAGUAUGGCAACUCGGAACCGCAGCUGCUCGGCAACCAGGGGGUCCAUCUGGACAUGGAGGGGCUGUGUGUAGAGAACCCUUGCGAGAAUGGUGGCACUUGUUUCCUUCUGGAUGGUGAGCCACAUUGUGACUGCUCUGCCACUGGAUAUGUUGGCAAAUUCUGCUCGGAAGAUGUCAAUCAUAUUCCAGGCCUCUCACAUCUGAUGAUGAGUGAACAAGGUAGAAGUAAAGCGAGAGAUGAAAAUGUGGCCACCUUCCGUGGCUCAGAGUACCUUUGCUAUGACCUGUCCCAGAACCCCAUUCAGAGCAGCAGCGAUGAGAUCACCCUCUCCUUCAAGACGUGGCAGCGUAAUGGGCUCAUCCUCCACACGGGCAAGUCAGCCGAUUACGUCAACCUGGCUCUGAAAGACGGUGCGGUCUCCUUGGUCAUUAACCUGGGGUCCGGGGCCUUCGAGGCCAUUGUGGAGCCUGUCAAUGGCAAAUUCAAUGACAACGCUUGGCAUGAUGUUAAAGUGACACGCAACCUGCGGCAGGUGACAAUAUCUGUGGAUGGAAUCCUCACUACCACGGGCUACACACAAGAGGAUUACACCAUGCUGGGUUCAGAUGACUUCUUCUAUGUAGGAGGGAGCCCAAGUACAGCAGAUUUACCUGGGUCACCGGUCAGCAACAACUUCAUGGGCUGCCUCAAAGAGGUUGUUUAUAAGAAUAACGACAUCCGUCUGGAGCUGUCUCGCUUGGCGAGGAUCAGUGACACCAAGAUGAAGAUCUACGGGGAGGUGAAAUUCACAUGUGAGAAUGUGGCCACGCUCGAUCCCAUCAGCUUUGAGACGCCAGAAGCCUAUAUCAGCCUGCCUAAGUGGAAUACCAAGCGGAUGGGCUCCAUCUCCUUCGACUUCCGCACCACUGAGCCCAAUGGCCUCAUCCUCUUCACCCAUGGCAAGCCCCAGGAGAGAAAAGAUGCCAGGAGCCAAAAGAACACCAAGGUAGACUUCUUUGCAGUUGAGCUGCUAGAUGGGAACCUCUACUUGCUGCUUGAUAUGGGCUCCGGCACCAUCAAGGUGAAAGCCACCCAGAAGAAAGCCAAUGAUGGAGAGUGGUAUCAUGUGGAUAUCCAGCGAGAUGGCAGAUCAGGUACCAUAUCAGUGAACAGCAGGCGCACCCCAUUCACUGCCAGUGGGGAGAGUGAAAUCUUGGACCUGGAAGGGGACAUGUACCUAGGUGGGCUACCUGAGAACCGGGCAGGCCUCAUCCUCCCCACAGAGCUCUGGACGGCCAUGCUGAACUAUGGUUAUGUAGGCUGCAUCCGGGAUCUGUUCAUUGAUGGACGCAGCAAGAACAUCCGGCAGCUGGCGGAGGUGCAGAACGCUGCCGGAGUCAAAUCCUCCUGCACCCGGCUCAGCACCAAGCAGUGCGACAGUUACCCAUGUAAGAACAAUGCUCUCUGCAAGGACGGCUGGAACCGCUUCAUCUGCGACUGCACUGGCACUGGCUACUGGGGCAGAACCUGUGAGCGGGAGGCUUCCAUCUUGAGCUACGAUGGUAGCAUGUAUAUGAAGAUCAUCAUGCCCAUGGUCAUGCACACAGAGGCAGAAGAUGUGUCUUUCCGCUUCAUGUCCCAGCGUGCCUAUGGGCUGUUAAUGGCCACCACUUCACGGGAUUCUGCUGACACCCUUCGCCUGGAGCUUGAUGGAGGGCGUGUCAAACUCAUGGUCAAUUUAGACUGUAUCAGGAUAAACUGUAACGCCAGCAAAGGACCUGAAACUCUGUAUGCUGGGCAGAAACUUAAUGACAACGAGUGGCACACAGUCCGGGUGGUGCGUCGAGGAAAGAGCCUCAAACUGACAGUCGAUGAUGACGUAGCUGAGGGUACAAUGGUUGGCGACCACACCCGCUUGGAGUUCCACAACAUUGAAACGGGGAUCAUGACGGAGAAGCGGUACAUCUCCGUCAUCCCCUCUAGCUUCAUCGGCCACCUCCAGAGUCUCAUGUUUAAUGGGAUGCUCUACAUUGACCUGUGCAAGAACGGCGACAUUGACUACUGUGAGCUGAAAGCACGCUUCGGCCUCCGCAACAUCAUCGCUGACCCAGUCACCUUCAAGACCAAAAGCAGUUACCUGAGUCUGGCCACCUUGCAGGCCUACACCUCCAUGCACCUUUUCUUCCAGUUCAAGACCACCUCAGCUGAUGGCUUCAUCCUCUUCAACAGCGGUGAUGGCAGUGAUUUCAUUGCAGUUGAGCUGGUCAAGGGGUAUAUACACUACGUGUUUGACCUGGGGAAUGGUCCUAAUGUCAUCAAGGGCAACAGUGAUCGGCCUCUCAAUGACAACCAGUGGCACAAUGUGGUCAUCACUCGAGACAACAGUAACACCCACAGCUUAAAAGUGGACACCAGGGUUGUUACUCAGGUUAUCAACGGUGCCAAAAACCUUGACCUUAAAGGUGAUCUCUACAUUGCUGGCCUGGCUCAAGGCAUGUACAGCAGCGUCCCGAAGCUAGUGGCUUCACGCGAUGGGUUUCAGGGCUGCCUAGCAUCAGUGGACUUGAAUGGGCGCCUGCCCGAUCUAAUCAAUGACGCUCUCCACCGCAGUGGGCAAAUUGAGCGCGGAUGUGAAGGACCGAGCACCACCUGCCAAGAAGAUUCCUGUGCAAAUCAGGGCAUCUGUAAUCAGCAAUGGGAAGGUUUUACCUGCGACUGUUCCAUGACUUCAUACUCUGGGAGCCAGUGCAAUGACCCUAAUAAGAAACAAACAAAAAAAGGAAUGAACCCAUUUCCUGGUGGUGUCAGGAUCCUCGGCAAAGCUGGUGCCACAUAUAUCUUUGGGAAGAGUGGAGGCCUCAUCCUGUACACCUGGCCAGCAAAUGACAGACCCAGCACGAGGACAGAUCGUCUUGCUGUAGGCUUCAGCACGACUGUGAAGGAUGGCAUCCUGGUUCGGAUUGACAGUGCUCCUGGGCUUGGCGACUUUCUGCAGCUUCACAUAGAGCAAGGCAAGAUUGGCGUGGUCUUCAAUAUUGGCACAGUGGAUAUUUCUAUCAAAGAGGAGAGCACCCCAGUGAAUGAUGGCAAAUAUCAUGUGGUGCGCUUUACUAGGAAUGGCGGGAAUGCCACACUUCAGGUGGACAGCUGGCCAGUGAACGAACACUACCCUUCAGGCAACACUGAUAAUGAGCGGUUCCAAAUGGUAAAACAGAAAAUCCCCUUCAAAUAUAACCGGCCCGUAGAAGAGUGGCUGCAGGAAAAAGAUGAUGCAACACCGCAUCACCACUUGACUUCAAGACCCGUCACGACGACCACCAAAAUUGGACGACAGUUAACGAUCUUCAACACCCAGGCGCAAAUAGCCAUUGGAGGGAAAGACAGAGGGCGUCCCUUCCAAGGCCAGCUCUCCGGUCUCUAUUACAAUGGCUUGAAGGUGCUGAACAUGGCAGCAGAGAACAACCCCAAUAUUAAAAUCAACGGAAGUGUCCGGCUGGUUGGAGAAGUCCCGUCCAUCCUCGGAACAACACCCACAACCUCCAUGCCACCAGAAAUGUCUACCACUGUCAUGGAAACCACCACAACCAUGGCCACCACAACUACCCGAAAAAACCGCUCGCCACCCAGCAUCCAGACCACUGAUGACAUUGUUUCAUCAGCUGAAUGUUCCAGCGAUGACGAAGACCUCAUUGAAUGUGAGCCGAGUACAGGAGGUGAAUUAGUUAUCCCUCUACUUGUAGAAGACCCUUUAGAUAUCCCUCCUAUUGCUACUCGUGCACCUUUCAUUACACUCCCCCCUACCUUUCGCCCCCUCCUCACCAUUAUUGAGACCACCAAAGAUUCCCUGUCCAUGACCUCUGAGGCGGGGUUACCUUGCUUGUCGGACCAAGGCAGCGAUGGUUGUGAUGAUGAUGGCUUGGUGAUAUCUGGGUAUGGCUCAGGGGAAACCUUUGACUCUAACCUACCCCCUACUGAUGAUGAAGAUUUUUACACCACCUUCUCCUUGGUAACAGAUAAGAGUCUUUCCACUUCAGUCUUCGAAGGUGGCUACAAAGCACAUGCACCUAAGUGGGAAUCCAAGGACUUUAGACCUAACAAAGUCUCCGAAACUGGUAGGACUACUACCACGGCUUUGUCCCCUGAGCUGAUCCGCUCCACAGCUUCGUCCUCGACUGGGAUGGUGCCCAAAUUGCCAGCUGGCAAAAUGAAUAACCGUGAGCUCAAACCCCAGCCUGACAUAGUCUUGCUUCCGUUGCCCACUGCCUAUGAGCUAGACAGCACAAAGCUGAAGAGCCCGCUAAUAACUUCCCCCAUGUUCCGUAAUGUGCCCACAGCAAACCCCACGGAGCCAGGAAUCAGACGGGUUCCGGGGGCCUCAGAGGUGGUCCGUGAGUCGAGCAGCACAACGGGGAUGGUCGUCGGUAUUGUGGCUGCUGCCGCCCUCUGCAUCCUGAUCCUCCUGUAUGCCAUGUACAAGUACAGGAACAGGGACGAGGGGUCCUAUCAGGUGGAUGAGACGCGGAACUACAUCAGCAACUCAGCCCAGAGCAAUGGCACGCUCGUGAAGGAGAAGCAGCAGAGCACAAAGAGCGGCCACAAGAAACAGAAAAACAAGGACAAAGAGUAUUAUGUGUAAAAAUAUACUUAUUUAUAUAUAAAUAUAUAUAUACUUAAUGAGAUUUAACUGAAAUAUCAGAGCCGUUACAGCUAACGAGAUUGGGAUCUACAGUUUGUGGGAAAAAAAAUUGGGAAAAAGAUUCAGCUGUGACUGUUAAUGUCUCAGUCAUCGCUUGGAGUCAGCAAACUCUGCCCUACUGUAUUAUAAAGCACACACAGCGUUCUGGAGAUGGCACAUGCAGCUCUACCAUGCUGACGGACUUGGAAGUCUCCACAUCUCCUCUUCGCUGAACUUUCCGCAAAAGGUAGAAGAUUUCAUGGCUUACUUGUUUCAUAUCUCCAAGUGAGUCUUAAUGAUGUUCGUGAUCUUUGACUGUAUCGAUCAUUUUUCAGUUUACUUAUUAAAAAAAAGAAAGAAAGAAAAAGAAAAAAUGCAUAAACAUUUUAAACAAACAAACAAAAAAAAUCAAACAAACUGAUCUGGCCGUGUCCAGAAUACGUAUAAUUUUUUGAGAUCUGAGGGGGGGAGCGGGGAAUAAAUGGUUUUGGGGCUUGUUGGUUUUUGUUUUUGUUUUUUUUUCUUUUUCUUUUUGGGGGUUGGGGUGUGUGAAGGGGAGAAGAGAAUGAACCAGAACAUGAGUCAAGAAGAAAUCUCGGGGGGGACCCACCUAAUAAAUAAAGAGAGACUAUUGCCAUAUAUGAACUCAAAAGCUACCCAUGGUGUUCACUCUACAUAUCUGGUCGUGUGGUCUCUAGAAUCCGUUGUCUACAGUAAGUUAUUUGCUAAUAGCACAGUGAAAGUGUGUAAUGAGUGAUGAUGAAGAUGAUUCUUAUGGAAAACUGGUCCCCCUUAGAUUUGGCUCCAGUAUCUGCAACUAAACUCAUGAACAGAUAGGUUUCAGUCUGGUUUGAUUGGGGCCAUUGGCUUUAUUUGACAAUACCAGUGAGUGUGCAUUGACACAGCCAAACUAUGGCUAAAUAAGUGUGGGGGAGGGGAAGCAAAACAAAAGUGGUCGGUCACUCUGAGCUAGAUAUAUGAUGCUAAAUGAAGGGAGCCUUUUCUUUGGGUUCUGGUUCUGUGACUGAUUACAAUGCAUGCAAAAAAUUAGUAAUAAAGCAGUCGAAUAAAGAGGUCAGAAAGACAAUACUGGAGUUCAACCUUUGACAAGAACCAUAAACGUCACACAAGCCAAACACAUGCUGCGAACAAGUGCAAAAUUCAUAGGGGUUUUUUUUGACAUGAAGAUGUUUUUCAUAUGUAAUAUUUUAAUUUUGUAGCUUGACAUUUCUGACUAUCUGUCUUUCCAUUUGCCCUAUUCACCCCUUACUCUCUCUUUUAUAUAAAAGAAAUGAAUAAAGCUGCUGUGACACAAAAAAUAAUAAAAGGAGUUAAUAAUAGUAUUAUAUAUAUAAAUAUAUAUAUAUAUACAGAUAUAUUUAUCACCAUAUGUUUGAUGGGACGACUGGAACAGAAACUCUGUCAAGGUGUUUACAUGGACUGAGAAUGUUGUUUUAGAAGAAAAACAUUUUAAUAAUACCAACAAAAAGCAAACCAUAAAAAUGUGAAGAGAGUGUGUGCUUUAGCUUUGUCACAGUUACCUGUGUCAAAAGGAUAAAAAAAAAAAUUCUCAGAUUUUGUUUACAUAUUUUACUACUUUUUUUGCUAGUGUAAUUUCUAGAGUACCCUGAUGUAUAUAAUGUUUUAUGGUUAAACUGGGAUUUUUUUUUGUUUGUUUUAGUUGAUUUAAUUAAUCUUGGUGGUUUGGUUUUUAUUUUUCCCCAAGUAUGUGAAAGGGAGUAACUUACUGUACAGAACAAUAACCAACUGGUUUCAUGGCCAUGACUGUCAUGUGCAAAAAAAGCAAAAGAGGGGGAGAGAGACAAAAAGAAAAACAAACACAAAAUGAAUUGAAGACUCUGGAGUAUCACAAAUGUACAAUUUCUCUGUGUACAGAUGAAAACUAAUCAGCUGUUUAGAUUUAGAAAUCUACUCUUGCUGGUGUUUAUAAUUCGCAUGAAUAUUUGACUUUGAAGAAAAGUGUCAUCAAAUGCACACACGCACAUGGGAACAAAAUAAAAAGCAGCCUUCUCAAAUGUUUAGAGAAGAGGCUUUCGCUGUUAACAGCUCUUUCAGUGUGUGUGUGUGUGUGUGUGUGUGUGUGUGUGUGAGGUUGUUUUUUGGGUGGUUUAUUUUUUGUUUUGUUUUGAUUUGUUUUUAAAUACUAAAAAAGAAAAAAAGACAAGUUUUAAAAAAGGUAUGAAAGCACGAUUUUAGACAACUUAACUGGCCGAACCUAUCUGAAGUUGAUUAUUUCUCAAUGUCUGUAAAAGAUUGCUGUUCUUGGAGUCUUGUGAAAUGAUUUCUUGCUUUCUUUCUUUCUUUUUUAUACCCUCCCCCUCCUUUUUUUAAAGAAAAAAAUCCCACGUUCUUUUCUGUUCCGUUACUUUUUUUUUGUGUAAGUUUCUAUUCAACAGUUUUUUGGGAACAUGUGCAUUUCUGUAUGUGGGCUUCUACCAUACUCCUGUUGUUUUAUGCACAGAACCUCAAGGAUAUUCAUUUGAGUUAUUGUGACGUUACUGCUUUUUUUCCCCUUCUUUCUUUCUUUCCUUCUUUUCUUAUUUGCAUUUUCGUUCAAGGAUAUGCUUAGCAAUAAAAUGUUCUUCCCAAA